CCGUCAUACAACUCACCCCUUGAGGUGCAUAUCGGGAUAUUGUAGACCAGGACGCUUCACAGAGGCAUUCUGGGAGAGCAAGAUGGGAACACAAUACACCACCGACAUUCCAUUCUCAUCGAGCCAUCGCCAGCAAGCAUUCAAGCUGCUGGAGCUUCCCCCUGAGCUGCUAGCUCUCCUGGAAUCCGACAACCCACCGAUAUUGACUGUCACUUCCUCUGCAUCUACCGAAACAACCCCGGGCUACGCAAUCCUCUCCUAUGGCGAGAAGAGAUAUCAGAUGCGACAAAAGAACACCUCUAAUCCAAUUUUGGUGUUAAAACCUUCAUCAACUGGUCCUACUGAAGCAGACGAUGCAAACAUGUUCAUUCCUGUGCCAUCAGUUACGGCAAUUGCGAAGAUUGAGGAUACAAUUGAGUUGAUACUCCAAGAAGGAAAAGCUCCACCCAAGGUCAACAAAUGGCAUGAGAAGUUUGCGAAAAGUAGGAUGGAAAAGAAGGGCUGAAGACGUCACUCCAUAACGGAAAACCCGAAGUCUUGUUCGCGUUGCGAGUAUGCACCUUGAGCAGACAUGAUCUUACGACUCCCAUGAUUUGGAGUUACCACGUCGUGCUCAGGUCCAAAUUCAUGUUGGGAAUUGGUAGCCCUCUUUGUCGAUGGACGGCCGUCGGAGAUGAGCUUCUGAGGUGUCGUGUCGAAGCUGCUUCUCUGGUGCAGCCCGUAAACUCCACCUAGGAGGGUAAUGCACUUCAAAUGAAGUCCAGAGCGUUUCCAAUCCUCUUUCCGACGGUUCACCAAUGCGUUGGCUUUUCCGAUGCAGGGAUGACCAAAACAGCUGCGAUAGCAAUUGCGUAAGACCAAGAAUCAGCUCAAGCUUUCAAAGUUAAUCCCAGAGACCUCGCUAAACAUUGAGAAGUGCUCAACGCCCAUAGUCACUUUCCCA